UUUUGUAAGCGAGGGCAGUUUUCCAGGCAGUUAUGGUCUUCGAAAAUCAAGCAAAAUCUUUUGCCUCAAAUUUGUGAUUAUGAAACAGCUGUGCCACAAUCAAAAUUUAAAAGGACAUGAAAUAUAGAGAUUCUGUGUGAGUGAGAAAGAGAGGGGGAUAUCAGGGCAGAAGUCAUUCACAGAGAGUGUGUCGAGAGAGAGGGAGAGAGAGGGAGAGCCAUUGCCUCAACUCUUUUCACUGGGAAAGAGGGAGGGAGAGGAAAAAAAACAAUUUUUGUUAUUUGGGUCUUCUUCUUUUUUUUCCCUGUUAUAAUCAUUUCUCUCUCAAACUUUAAAGUUUUGGGUUGAACAGAUUUUAAAGAUGGCUGCUUGAAGCACUUGGUGAAACACACUGUGCCUCCUUCUGUUUUAUGGUGAUUAGGUACAUAAUGGAUAUUUCAGACUACACAAGAAUUGUUUUGGAUAAGAUUCAGAAAUUUGAACCAGAAAAUGCCACAAAGAUCAUUGGCUAUCUCCUUUUACAUGACCUUGGAGAGCAGGAAUUGGCUAAAUUAGCUUCAUGCCCUGACCAUAUGAUACGCGAAAUCGCGUUUAAGGCCAAAACCGAGGUACAAAAUUUGGCUGCUAAAUCUGUCAUACUUUCAAGCUCACCUCCUAUUAACCCUCAACCAAGCCACUUACCCAUAAUCUCCCCAAGAACGACUACUCCAUCAAGCUUUCAGGCUCAUACCCCUAACUUUUGGGAGGCACAGGCAGCUAACAGUGUUAACCCAGAGUUUAUGUCAAUGGGUUACAUAGAUUCAAUUCCAGAACUUCAGAAGCAGAGCCAGCUUUUGUGUGCAGAGAAUCAUAUAGAUCCUUCUAAUGCUGGGGCUGUAGGGAUUGGCAAUGAUUACUUUAGCUUAGAUGCUUCAAAUUUGAAUUUCAAUGGAAAAUCUGGUAGGAGGUUUGGUGUGUCUGAAUUUCCCGUCAAGACAUGUCACUAUUUCAACAAAGGAUACUGUAAGCAUGGAAGUAGUUGUAGAUACUAUCAUGGACAAGUUGCAGCUGAGAACUUCCCUCAGAUAAAUGGGAAUGGUGAUGAUCAAGGAGGAUUGUCGGGCUCGCUUGCGCAGUUAGAGGCAGAACUUAUUGAGCUUCUAAGGCCAAGGAGAGGCAAUCCUAUUUCCAUUGCUUCCCUUCCAAUGGCAUAUUAUGAGAAAUACAAAAAGGUGCUUCAGGCAGACGGUUAUCUAACUGAGAGCCAGAGACAUGGUAAAUCGGGAUAUAGUUUAACAAAGCUUCUUGCACGGUUGAAAAAUAGUAUACGACUAAUAGACAGACCUCACGGGCAGCAUGCUGUGGUUCUGGUGGAAGAUAGGUACUUGGAAAGAGGAGAUCCCAGUCAAAAUAUAAGCGCAUCAAGACAAAUAUAUUUGACAUUUCCAGCAGAUAGCACUUUCACAGAACAGGAUGUCUCAGACUACUUCAAUUCCUUUGGGCGGGUUGAAGAUGUCAGGAUUCCAUCCCAACAGAGAAGGAUGUUUGGUUUCGUGACAUUUGUUGAUCCAGAAACUGUUAAAAUGAUAUUGGAAAAAGGAAAUCCUCACUAUGUACGUGGCUCACGUGUGCUUGUGAAACCUUACCGGGAGAAGUCAAAGCUUAUAGACAGGAAAUAUUCAGAA